AUGGAUAUUGUGAAGCGACGCGCAGCUUACUCAUCUGAAGAAUAUUAUGAGAACGAGCGAUGCGCGUCGUCUUCAGCGCAUCGUCUUGCUGAAAGACUACUAUUCAUGGAAACGAACGAAGCACAUCCCAAAUUGGUUGACUCUAGAGGGAUCCCGAGUGAUUUGCGGCUAUACGUCUGUGCAUGCCGGCGGAAAUCGAAAGAUUUGUCAGUCGUAACUGGAUCUCAGCUACCAAAUAUCCUAUCCGCUGCACUUCUGGCUGUCUGCGCGCAGGCAUUGUGCACGUGUACCAUCGUAUUGAGUUUUCCGCCAUUUUGCGUGCGUGUGCACGUGUAUGUUUGCGGCGCAGUCGAACGGUUGUCUCCCACGCGCACGCUCGCUCUCACCCGCGCGCCCGCUCAGCAGGGUGCGAACAGCGCGAAACUGUGUUGA